AUGAGUGAAUUCAUAGACCGUCCACGAUCAGAAUUAACCGAACUCGAACUUGCCAAACUAGAAGAGUUUGAGUUCUUGCACGGGCCCAUGUCGCUCAUAAACCAAGCGCAGAAACAAGAUACUCCGGUGAUAAUAUCGUGCCGAAACAAUCAUAAAUUAGUGGGUAAGAUUCGAGCUUUCGAUAGGCAUUGUAAUUUGGUGUUGGAGAAUGUUAAGGAGUUGUGGACCGAGACUGUGAAGAAUGAGUUUAACCAGACAAAGAGCGUUUCAAGAGAGAGGUUUAUAAGUAAGAUGUUUUUGAGAGGGGACUCAGUUAUUAUAAUAUUGAAAGCGUAG